UAUAUUACUCCGUCGUGUUAUUUGACGAAUGAUGGAUGUUCACAAUUUUAUAUAUGUUUUUUUCUUGUCGUUUUUCGCUCUGUCCGCAGCCAGCAAGAAUGAUGUAUAUUCCGGAUACACAGUUCACGGUGUUGAAGUCAAAGAUCGUGGUGAUCAAGAAAUUCUACAAGAAAUGGUGAUAUCACUUGAUGUUGAUUUAUGGCAGUAUGGCUUCCCUGGAGUCCGUGAUGCCAUCGUCAUGGUGGCAUCAGAAAACAAAGAUGAGUUUCUUAAACAAUUAGAUGAUAAUGGAAUUUCUCAUUAUCUCCAUAUAGAAGACGUAACAAGCUUUUUAAAUGAACAAGAUUUAGAAGUAUCUCGUUGGAGAGCAAGCAAACGAAAUGCUGUUCCGUUUGAGGAUUAUCCACGUUACCAUGAGAUUGAUGCAUACUUGGAACGUAUUGCGUCGCAAUAUCCAGAAAUUGUCACCAUAGUUAAUUCUGGACCAAGUUUUGAAGGACGAAGUAUCAAAUAUUUAAAGAUCUCUACAACAAACUUCACCGAUACUUCAAAGCCGAUAUAUUUUAUGAACGCAAUGUUGCACGCUCGCGAGUGGGUCACCGCUCCCGUAGCUCUGUACUCCAUACACAGAUUGGUAGAAGAUCUACGAUCCCAAGAUCGGGAUCUCUUAGAUAAUAUUGAUUGGAUUAUUAUGCCAUUGGUAAAUGCUGAUGGAUAUGAAUAUUCUCAUAUUGAUCGUCGACUCUGGCGUCGAACGAGAUCCUUCAACCCAGCAGUCAACCUAACAUGUUACGGUGUUGAUGCUAACCGCAACUUCAACGUGUCUCACAACACUAUCGGAAUAUCAUCUGACCCAUGCUCUGAUGUCUACCCAGGACAUAUCCCAUUCUCUGAACGUGAAACUGGCUACGUCAGAGAUAUUCUUCAUGAGUAUAUUGAUAGAAUACAAUUGUAUUUAGACAUCCAUAGCCAUGGUAACUACGUACUAUACGCAUAUGGAGAUAGGUCUCUGCCCCCUAAUGCAUUGGAUUUGCAUCAUGUCGGAGCGAUAAUGGGAGCUGCGAUAGAUGUGAUGAAGUUACCACAAGCGGGAUUCUAUUUGGUUGGUAACAGUGCUCUAGUACUGUACGGGUCAUCUGGAAGCGCUCAAGAUUACGGACAACAUGUUGGUGUCCCAUUUUCUUAUACUUUGGAGCUACCGGGCUACGGAUACGCAUUCUCCGUACCUCCUCGCUUCAUUGCCCAGAUCAAUGAAGAAACUUGGUUGGGUAUAGCGGCAUCUGCUAGAGUCUCACUCCAGUAUUACAGAGCGCGUUUGAAUAUUUCAAAUUGAUGUAGUGUGAUCUUGUAAUAAAAUUUAUAUUUAAACUGGAA